GGGGAAGAGGAAAGAGGAGGGGUGAUAUCCCAGCAAACAGCUGCUGCAGCUGUGAAGAGAAAAAAGGAGGAAGAUCAGGAGCAAUUGCAGCAGUCUCACCCCUGUGACAGAUUUAUUCACAUCUGCCAAAGGCAGAUUUGGUCUUGGUACCUUUUGUGCAAGUAUUAACACAGUGAGAUGAAACCCCAUUUUGAGAUCAGGACCACUCCAUCACUCGGAGAGAAUCAACACAUGAGAGAUCGGUCCUCCAGCUUUACCGUGAAGACCUACCUGUUUGUGUAUGACCUGAUGCAAUUCUGUGGGCAUUCCUGGAUAUUUACAAAUAUGAUCAUCAGGUACAUGUCGUUUGGAAAAGAUUCAUUGGCCGACACAUUUUACUCCAUAGGACUUGUGAUGCGCCUUUGUCAGUUGUUAUCUGUACUGGAGAUCCUACACAUCCUCAUUGGCAUUGAUAAAAGCCGUCUCUUGCCCAGGUUUUUGCAGAUCACUGAGAGAAUAGUUGUGUUGUUUGUCGUGAUCAACAGUCAGGAAGAAGUUCAAGGGAAAUACAUUGUGUGUGUUCUAUUUUUCCUUUGGAACUUAUUAGAUGUGGUCAGGUACACUUACAACAUGUUGGCAAGGAUGGGAAUUCACUACUUACCACUGACAUGGCUGAACUUCUCACUGUGCAUCCUGCUCUAUCCGCUUUCAGUUCUGGCUAAAGCAUUUGCAAUCUGUGUAUCACUGCCUUACUUUGAAACCUUUGGCACAUACUCCGUCAAGCUACCAUUUCCAUUUGCCUUCUCAGUCUACUUCCCCUAUGUUCUGAAAAUGUACCUGCUAGUGCUGUUUACAGGUAUGUGCUUUAUCAUCCGGAACCUCUUCUCAGAAAGGAAGGCUCACCUAGAAACAGGCAACUCCAAAAAGAAAAGCAGCUAAGCUGAUACUGUGUUUUGAAUUGUGAAAUGUAUUCCCAGUGGGCUAGUACGUGUCGUAGGCAAAAAGAGACAAAGACUUCCCAUGCAUAACUCCUGUUUGCAUGCACAUUAUCCAGCUGUGUUCAGUCUUCAGAAAAGAAACAUCUCUAAUGCUCCUCAAAAAAAUGGAGCAGCUUGGAAUAACUUGUUACUUUUGGAAGUUUUGACUGCAAAUGUCAGGAUUGUUAAAAAUGAAUAUUUUUCUAAUAAAAGAGAACUCAGAAAAAUAAAUAAAUAAAUAAAUAAAUAAAUAGAAGAAUGCCUUCACCACAGUUACACUAACAACCCUUAUUUUGGUGUUAAUUAUUGCCUCAUCAUCAUCAGAUAUUCUGUAAAGCCACCGCCACUACUUAAUAUACUAUAUUAGGCAAACAUGUAUGUGCCUCCUAUAUAUAAACUGGCUAUAAUGCGGAUCUGUCAAGGAGCAGAAGCUGGAAGCUUUGCAGCCUAUGAGAUUCAUAUGCUGAUUGCUGCAGACAUUCACAAAAGACCCCUGAUAUUCUGGCCCAGCAUUCACUUCUGCCAAAGAGAUUCCAGCAAAGUAAACCAUGAGGGCAAAUGAUCAGGUACUCAGGUACAAUAUAUCCAAGCAAAGCUUAUCAUCACGGCACUGGUAGAUGCUGAGAAUCUUUUUCCUUGCUGUGAUUUUUCUUUAAUGCUGAACAGCAAACAGAUAGGCAAGAGAAGCAUGAGUUCAGGCCAAAUGAAUGUUAUUCUUUAAAGUGAAGGUACUGACCAUCAAAAAAGCCACGUGCAAAAUUCUACCUGUUUUACUGAAGUUCACAGCCUUUUUUACUUCUAGUGGACUACCUGUGAGGAAGCAACCAGAGCACAGUCUUUUGAAUUUGGGAGUCAAGAACAUAUAGCAGCCCAGGGAACCCAGUAAGAAGGAGAAAACAGAAAACUGAGGAAAGGAUGGAAGAGUGACAGGGGAAAUUAACACUAUCGCAUAACAAAGAGGCUGUUAGUGUAAUUAUCUAAACCAUGCUCUUGAGAGGGGGUGUUCAAACUGUUUUAAGUAGCAGACAAGUUAGACUGGUCUUGAGGCCAGCUGUUAUGAAAAGUCACCUACUAUAAUUUUUAUUAAAUGUAUGUGGCAGACAGCACCUGCAGACUGUUGUGACCACUGGGAUAUAUGCAAAGUACAAGCAACGGGAUCCUACAUGCAGUAGUUUAAUGGGGACCCUGGAUAUUUUGAAAGCACUGCAGUCAAGAGUUAGUAAUUUGGAUGUUGUUACAGACACAGACGUACUUUCACUUUGGACUUCUGCGUGACCCAAACCAAUCCAAGUGCAGACAGUCUGAAUAAAAAAAAAAGUAUAAGCAGCUGAAGAAGAUGGCAGUUUCAAAGGAAAGAGCUAAAACAGGAACACUUCACAAUCAGAUGACACUGCAAUAUGCAAAGUGAAAUAUGGACAUUUCCCCUCUUGGUGAUUCAAUCGAAUGUCUUUGACUUAAAACCAGAGUUAAUAGUACAGGAAGGAUGUGGAGCUGUGGGAGUGGAUCCAGAGGAGGGCCGUGAAGGUGGUCAGAGGGUGGAAGAACCUCUCCUGUGAAGAGAGGCUGAGGGAGCUGGGCUUUUUCAGCCUGGAGAAGAAUAGGCUCUGGUGAGACAUAGCUGCAGCCUUCCAGUACCUUGAGGAGCUUAUAAGUAAGAGGGAGACCAACUUUUCACACAGUCUGAUAGGGAUAAGACAGGGGAGAAUGGCUUUAAAGUAGAGGGGAAUAGACUUAAGUUAAAUGUUAGAAAGAAAUUCUUAGGUACUAGAAUACAUAGAGAGUGGUGAGGCACUGGCACAGCUGCCCAGAGAAGCUGCGGAGUCUUCAUCCCUGGGGGUGCUCAAGGCCAAACUGGGUGGGGCCCUGGGCAGCCUGAGCUGGUGGGGGGCAGCCCUGCUCACAACAGGGGGUUGGAACUGAAGAAUCCUCAAGGUCCCCUCCGACUAUUCAGUGACCCUGCAGGAGGAAACACGACAUAUUAUAUUGGGUUUAUGCAGCACAAGGGAAGGUGCGUGGAUGGCUUCUGUGAGAAGAGGCCCACAGCUGUGAGCUGGCCAGAGAGCUGGUACCAGAUGACUCCAAAACAGCCACCACAGGAUACCACUGAGCCUAUUAACAUUGUGAGUAGUCCUUCUGUGAAAAUAUUAUUUAAGAAAAAGUAAAAACACUGCAUGCUAGCUGUGAGGGAGAGGAGUGAGAACAUGUGUGAGAAGCAGCCCUGUGGGUGCCAAGGUCAGUGCAGCAGGAGGUGCUCCAGGCACAGAGCAGAACUCCAAGUGCAGCAACGAAGGACUGCAGCAGUGGAUGUGGACUCACUGAAGAAGCCAUGGAAAUGCCGGAGCAACCUUUUCCAGAUGGCCUCUACUCCACAGUGAAGACAUAUGCUGGAACAGCUCUUGAAAUACUACAGUGCACAAGCAGGGUCUGCACCAGUGCAGAUGCUGAAGGAGGGGUCCCACACCAGAGCAGGGGUACAGUAUGAGAAGAAAGCAGCAGAAAAGACAGUGUUAUCCCAAUCCUCAUUUCCCAUCUCCCCUGACAAGAAUUAAGAAUUGGAGUUGAGCAUGUAGGAGGGACUGUUUUUUAUAUUUGUUUAUCACCAUGCUAUGUUUAUUUGGCAAUAAACUGAUCUUCCCCCGA